AUGGAGAGAAUCGAUGUCCAUACCCACUGUGUGCCGCCCUCGUAUCGCGAGUAUUGCCUACAGAAUGACUUCGCAGGUAGAGGCCACCCAGAUGGAAUGCCCGCGAUCCCAGAAUGGAGCCCCGGAGCACACAUCGAACUAAUGGACCAGCUAAAAAUCAAAAAAUCAGUUCUAAGCAUGUCGUCCCCAGGAACACAUCUAACCCCGGGCAAUGACGAAGAAGGCCGAUCCGUAACCCGACGCGCCAACAUCGACAUGUCCAAAAUCUGCGCCGAUCACCCAGCCCACUUCCUCUUCUUCGCCUCCCUCCCCCUCCCCGACGUGGAAGGCUCCCUUGCAGAAAUAGACUAUGCACUGGACCAUCUUGGCGCAGUGGGGUUUCAGAUCCUCACCAAUUCGCACGGCAUCUACCCGGGCGAUCAGCGCUUAACUCGCGUUUUUGACAAAUUGAGCGAACGAAAAACCAUUGCCUUCUUUCACCCCACUACAUGUCUUAUCCGGCAUGGUGAUGACGACGACUCCAUUGAAAAGGUGACGCCGCUUCCUGGUGCUCCUGCGCCUAUUAUGGAGUUUAUGUUUGAUUCAACCCGGGCGCUGACGAGUCUGCUUACGUCUGGGACUGUGGAUCGAUGUCCUGGAAUCAAAUUUGUGGUUUGUCAUUGUGGUGCGACUUUCCCUCCGAUUAUGGAGAGGAUUGCGGCGUUCUCGUCCAUGAUUCCGGGUUCGGGGGAUGGGAUCAGCGCGGAGAAGAUCAAACAGCUGUUGCAGACGCGUUUCUAUUUUGAUCUUGCGGGUGUGCCAUUUCCGGAUCAGAUUCAUGGUCUUCUCCGACUAGUUGAUUCAUCCAGAUUGGUGUAUGGGAGUGAUUAUUCCUAUACACCUGCAGCGCUGGCUGGGUCUCUGGCUAAGAAAUUGGAUGAUGGAUUGCAGGAUCUACUUGGAGUGGAAACAACAAAGCAAAUAUUGGUUAGUAACGCGCAGGAACUUCUUGGAAUAACUCGUAAAUAG